AUGUUCAACGAGCUUCUCCUCCUGCCCGCCAUCUUGGCUCUAACAUCAGCCACGACUCUAAUCGCCCAGGCUCCGGUACUAGCGAAACUAUCCGAGGACACCGUCGACCCGAAUCCCUCCUACUCCUUCGCCUACGACGUCCAGGACUCCCUCACGGGAGACUCCAAAGGCCACAUCGAAACCCGGGCUAACGGCAUAGUACAAGGCCAGUACAAUCUAGCCGAUCCCGACGGCACCCGAAGAAUCGUCGAUUACACCGCAGACCCCGUCAACGGGUUCAACGCUUUAGUCAGAAAGGAGCCUCUAAUCGCCCAAGCAGCGCCUCUAAUCGCCCAAGCAGCGCCCGUCGUCGCCCAAUCAGCGCCUCUAAUCGCCCGGACCGCUCCGCUAGUAGCCCAAUCAGCGCCUCUAAUCGCCCGGACAGCUCCCCUGGUAGCCCAAUCAGCGCCUCUAAUCGCCCGGACCGCUCCCUUGGUAGCCCAAUCAGCGCCUCUAAUCGCCCAAUCGGCGCCUCUAGUAGCUCCGGCGGCUCCUGUGGUGGCCCAAUCGGCUCGCCUGGUCGCCCAAGGUGCUCCUGUGGUAUCGCAGCAGGCGUUGGUCGCCCAAUCGGCGCCUCUAUUUGCUCAAGCGGUGCCUCAAAUCGCCCAGUUGGUUCAAUCUGGGCCGCUGGUCGCUCAAAGGGGGGCGUUGGUGGCUCAAAAUGGCGCGUUGGUGGCUCAAUCGGGGGCUUUGAUAGCGGGUAGAGCGGCUCAAUUCGGGGUUAUUGGAGCUGCAUCGCCGUAUGUUGGCCAAUAUUUGAAUUUUGUAUGA